CUUACUUUGAAUAUUUCCGUGUGCUGUUUAAAAUGGAGCCUUAAAUUUGCAUUGCCAUUUGCUCCUUUUGAACUAGUUCAUCUUCUGUGCCUAUUUUAGCCUUUUACACCUCAAAUUAGGGAUUUCCUUAUGCCAGCUGUCGCUUUACAAAUGAAACCUGAUGCCGCCAUGGUUCCUAAGCCUCUAUUGGUUUUGUGAUGUCUUCUUAAAUCUGGAGUUGGAGUUUCAUCUAAUGAGCAGAGAAAAGUUUCAUACAAAGGGAUAAGGAACCGAUAAAGUUCCAUUGGUUAUGUAAGGAAAGGUAGUAAAUUAUUAGGUACAUUUUCCCACCUUGACAAAAGCCACCACCUUCCUGAUCCUCCCCUUCAAGCCAGCUACCCGUUCUACCUGAUCCUAUUCCUCCCUGCUAUAGUUAUCACUGACCAAGCCGAUUCAAACUCGUAUCGCUUCAGCAGCCUCGACUGACUGACUCGUGUGGCGCAGACCUCUGGGAACAGGUUCUGAUCCUCAACGGUGGUCACAUCUCGUUUGAAUGCCAAGAAUGUUGCUCACAGGGGGUAAGAGAUGGGGAAUUCUUACCCUCCUGUGCUUGGUGGCCACUGGUUUGCUCUACAAUUCCAAAUGGAAUCUGUAUUUGCUCUGGCCGAGAGGGUUCCAUGAUUGCAAUUGCCGGAAAUGCUUGACUGAGGGUGAGCACGAGUUUAAAGCGCUGAUGGAUGCGUCGCCCAAGCCGUUUUUGACGAAGCAAAACCCAACAUCGGAGGAUGAUUUCGACUGGUGGAAGAAAAUUCAGCGGGAAACACGGCCUUUCAGUUUCUUCAAUGAAACUGUCGACAAACUAUUCACAAUCCUUCCACCCAAUCCCGGAGUUGAGCAGCAAUCACCCUACCGCUGCAGGUCCUGUGCAGUCGUGGGUAAUUCGGGUAAUCUGAAGGGCUCACACUAUGGACCCCUGAUUGAUCACCAUCACAUUGUGAUAAGAAUGAACUACGGGCGCACCAAGGGCUACGAAUCGGAUGUUGGGACCAAGACAACUUAUCACAUCAUGUAUCCUGAGAGCGCCAUCUUUUUGGACAACAACACUCGUCUCAUCUUCUUUCCAUUCAAAAUAAAGGACUUGCUUUGGCUCCUCAAGAACUUCGCCCCUCAGGAAAAUGGUCAGAAGAACCCAAAGAGGCGUGCCAACAAGGAUCUGGUAAUGAUUCUCAACCCAGCCUUCAUGAAAUAUGUUCACACAAUGUGGCUGGAGAAAAAAGGCAGAUACCCAUCCACUGGCUUCAUGGCUUUGCUGCUCAGCUUGCAGAUUUGUGAUGAGGUCAAUGUUUUUGGAUUUGGAGCUGACGGAGAUGGAAAUUGGAACCAUUAUUUUGAAAUCCUCAAGAACAAAAAGCUGAAAACUGGACCUCACGCUGGCACGCAUGAAUAUGAUGUCAUUCAAAAGUUGUAUGAGAAAGAAAUCAUUAACUUUUUUAAAGGACAGUAACAUUUGCUGCAUUCUUGGGGUUGUAAAUAGACAAACCAAAUAUUUAUUAUGUCACAAUUCGUUCAAAAGCAAAGGAACACAGUAGCUCUUUACAAGAGAAGUUAGAAUUUUGCUUGAAACACAGUAUAAUAUCUUCAGACUUUGCCAUUGAAUACCCCAAACUACAUUUCUGUUGCUUUGCAAGUCCCUUAUUAUUAUUUUUGUAUACUGCAUUAAGCAUUUUAUAUAACAAACAAAUAAGAUGGCUGUUACAUGGACAAUAUUGUUUUCCCUGAAAAAAAAAAGUUUGUACAAAACAAUCUGGAGCCAAUGACUGCAAACUUUGUGUUUGUGUGUGUCGUGGUGGUGGUGGUGUGUGUGUGUGUGUGUGUGUG